GUUCAUCCUUUUUUGUUUGCCCACCCUCUAUUUUUUCACUUCCCUAACACUAUUCAUUUUUGCACUUAUUUUAUUAAACAAAUAAAAAACCCUCCAAGCAAAAAACUAAACCCUUUUUUUCGCUUCCAAAUUUGCACUUUUAUAUUUCCUACAUCUAUUCGUAUUUAUUUAUUUAUUUAUUUUCUUUCGCUAAUUUCAAUUCUAACAACUUUAUUCCUUUUUAAAAGUAAUGUCGCCUUCAAUUAAUUACCAGGCAAUGUAUUCAGAUCACAAUGAGCCUCCAACAGAGGAACUUUCCGGGUACGAGGACAACACAGCUGAGCAUUUGGGUUAUGCAGUGUCGGAGAUUGGCCGUGCUGUGUCCCAGGAUGAAACGGGGGUGGAUUUUGCAGACCAGUUUGAUGGGCCUUUAGAGCGGCUGGAGAUACGCCGGAUGAGCGAUACGCCCGCGGAGUCCCGUGUCGACCAGCAGGGCUGGUACCGAAAUGGACGGCGUGGAGAUGAUAGUGAAGAAGACGAUAUGUUUGGGCGUAGUUUUGAGGAUGACAGAGGAAUGGAGGAGAUGGAAUUUUCCACGCACUCUGGGGAAACUGGCGGUGGUACGCGUCAGACGAUGGGUCUGACGGCCGAGGAUAUUUCCGAGGACUCUUUUUUGAACCGCGCUAAUGGCGGUGGUGUCGGCAACUACAGCCAUACGCGCUCGCUGCACUCAGACACGCUCGACAGACACUCCACUAUGCGUAGCCACCCCGAUGGUCGCCAGCCUAAUGGUCCUAAUGUUAUAAGGGAUGGUCCCUCGGACAGUGAACACGACGGGAGCGAUGAGCGUGACGAGAGGCUGACCACAUUUAGCUCGCCUGAACAUACGCGAGAGGUUGGUGGGAUUGAAGAAAUAGGCGCUCAGUUGGCGCAAGUAAUGGGUCGGCUCAACCAGUCUUUCCCACAGCAGCAGCAGCAGCGGGAGGAGGAGGAGGUUGACUGGGAUGAGAAUGAGCGGGAGAUUCCAGAUACACCCGAUAUCAAUACCACAUUCACCACGGCACAGCUUUCAGUAACUUCAGCGACGAACAGCGAGGAAGAUGCGCUGAGUAUUGCGAAUAUAGGGCGAGACGAUAUGAUAAUUCAGCCUGGUGCAGCGCAUCAGUUGAGGAAUCCACUUCCUACCCCCGACAACUCAAGCGAAGGCCAAAUCAUUUCGACCAUUGCCGAGGUAUACUCAGUCGUCAGGGAGAUCCAGAAUGAGCAGGUGGACGAAAUGACAGAGGCUGUAGCGGCUUUGAGAGCGGAGAAUAUCAGGGUGGUUGAGGAGCUUAGGGUGGAAGCGGAUGAUGAUGCGACGUUGCGGUUGGAGCCUCCGCCUUUCCAGAAUAUCGACGCGCAUCGGUCGCUGGAUGAUCGGUUUGUUGUGCCGAGGGGGGAGUACUCGCUGAAUGGGUCGUUUGAUUCGCUUGACCAUCCUAAUAUGGGCAGUCAGGAGACCCUGGGCGCUCAGUCGCCCGAGUCCAUGCGGCAGGACUCGGAGUACUUUAGCCAGGGCAGGGCCGGUGGCGGUGGUGGCUCACACCAGCGUGGGCAUUUGUCGUCACCGACGCAGUUCAGCCCGUUCAGCAACUCGGGCCGUGGGCGGUUCGGGAAUAUGGUCAGUAGUUUGGGCUAUUCGUCGAGGCCAAGCACUCCCGGUGGGGGUGGCUCCGCGAGGGAUAGCGGGUUUGGGCCGGUGGAGGAUGCUGAUGAGAUGUUUGGCAACUACGCGACCAGCAGCAACCCUGAUUACGAGGAUAUUGCGAGGCAGCAUGAAAUGGAUUUCUCUGAUCUUAUGGGUGAAUCUGACCAUGACAACGAUGGAUUUGGUUCUGACCGGCCGCCGGAGUCGCUGUUUGCGUCGAGCUCAUCGAUUAUUGGCAAUGGACACAAUCAAUGGAUGCGGCCAGGACAUCGGGUCUCCCAGCAGCAGCAAAAUCAGUCAACGUUGGCUAGGAGGCGCAAUUUCUCCACGUGGGAUGGCAGGGAGGCCACGGUGGAGGCGAUGCGAGAGCAGGAGGAACGGUUCGCUAUGGAUAUGCGCAACCCCAUUGAACUGAUGGGUAAGGCCAACAGCCUGGGCAUGUCAGAUGCCGACUCGGAGGUCAGUGGCCUGAUCCCUGCCGAUCUUGGCCACUCAACUGAGAGUAGCCAUCGCAGUGCAAAAUCGCCGAUGGGCCGCGGGUGGAUCCGCUUCGCAGCGCCUGGGCCCGGCGACCGGAAUAUCGUCGCGUCCCUGGGCACCGCGCAGCCUACGCCUGUGACGGAUCAUCCACAGCAGCAACGCCAUGCGCAAAACAACCAGUAUGGCCAUUAUGGCCAUUAUGGACAGCGCGAGAACAAUGGCCAGGCUGAUGGCGCCGUACUGCUGCCACCACCGCCAACAACCCCAAGGACAGUCAUGAGCCGCGACCCAUACCAUGGGCCGUCCACACGUGUGCUGCAUGUGGUGCCGCCGUUUGAUGCCCAUGCACUGCAGACGCCGCCGUCAGGAAUUCCACAGGGCGAGAUGCAGAGGGCGCAGCCCCAGGGUCAGAUGGCGCUUCUGCGCAAUGCCAGGCCGGCGGGGCCGCGGUCCAUUGAUGAUAUGCGCCGCCCGCCGCCGCUGGCGAUUGCCUCGCGACAGUCGACGCCCGACCACCACCACUACCAGCAGCAGCAGCAGAGCCGGCAGCAGCAGCAGAACUAUCAGCAUCAGCAGGACCGCCAGCCGAGCCACCAGGCGAGCCACCAGGCGAGCCACCAGCAGGACUACCAGCAGCAGGACCAGCAGCAGCAGCAGCGCAAUGCUCGGGCAGCAGCCGAGUUUGCACAGGCCGCUCAAGUCAGCCCAGACUAUGACCAGAGCGACGAUGGUUCACUGGGACUCGGCUCACUGCUUCUAGGCGACAUGCAGCCAACCGAGUCAAUCCGUAUCAACCGCACGCCCCUCGCCACUGGGCAAUUCGCACCCGCGCAUGCACGGAUUCUGGGAGCGUCACGUGGAAUGGCGUCGCCUAUGCGCAGUGCAAACGCAGCUGGUGGCACGGGUUUUGUGUCGCGUGAUUGGACGUCGCAGUCGACGGUGACGUCGGCAGCGUAUGUGCCGUUUCAGGAACCGACGGUGGAUAUUGCGAGGCUGCCGAGGUAUAAGGAUGUAGCGCUGGGAAAGAUUGACAGUGUUUCGUCGAUGGAGAACUCGCCGAGAGCGCGGGUGGUUGCAGAUAGGCCGGGUUCGGAGUGGGGUGGCAGGUCGCAGGGUGAUUUGCGCGGGAUGCUGAGCUACGAGUCUGACGCUGUGCAUACUAUAAGGUAUGAGUCGCCGACGCCGUCCGUGGGGUCAAUGGAGGAAUUGGACAUGGGGCAUAUGGGCAUGAGCGGAUUUGGCAGGGGCCAGCAGCUACCACAGCAGCAGCAGGGGCAUCAAGGGCAGCAAUCUGCUGGGCGUGGGCAGCAGCAGCAGCCGCAGGUGGUGUCGGAGAAUGCCGAAGGGACACCGUCGUUGAAGGAGAUCUACGAUAUGGUCAAGGUUGUUCUUACGACUAUGAGCUCGCAGACGCAGAUAGAAACGCCACCCGGUGUUGGUGCCAAAGAGGGUGGUCGGCCGGCUGACACUGGUCGCUCGCAGCUUGGGCCGAUUGCUGUUGACCAUGACUCGCGGCGGAUGCGCACAAUGAGUACGUUGGAUCGCCAGCUGAACAACGUGUAUGCGGGAAUAAGCAUGGAGGCUGAAGAGAAGCAGCGCGAGCGCAAACGCGAGCAGCAGCAGCAGCAGGCAGCGGAUAUUAGCAACCGGUCGUAUCCAGAUUCCCGCCCAGCUGCACCAACGCCGCGUAGGCGCAAUAAUUUUUCGCGGUUUAUUGACGAUGAGUCAGGCAGUUUUGUCGGGUCAGAAGCUGCACCGGCACCACCAGCACUGGUGGCGGCGUCGGAUGCCGAGGCUAAUGCCACUGAUAGGUUUAUGCAGAGAUACCGCAGUGAGGUGGCACCUCAGCGCACACAGAGCACGCAGCAGUAUGUCGAGCGGUAUACUAGCGAUACUGCGGCCGGUAAUUAUAGCGUUAUGCGCGGGAUGUCGCCGCUUAUGCCGUCGGUGUCAUCGCUGCCGCAACCACUGUCUGCAUCGGUCACCCGUGAAAUCAGCGGCAGCAGCGGAGCUGAUGGUGGUGACAGUAGCGGUGGGUUGGCGCAGGGCUUGGCCAGAGUGCUGGAUGCCCUGGGUGAGGGGUCGAUAUCCAAGGAGGAUCUUUACAGGACCCUGGAGGAGAUGGUUUCGGCGGUCGUCAGUAAGAAUGGUAGUUUCGAAAGAGCUUCCGCACAACAAGCUUCUGAGACUCUGGAUCAGCCACAGCAGCAGCAACAGCCACAGCAGCAGCAGCCAAGGCGUGGGAUGGCGACCGAGACGGCUGUGCAGACGGAGGACGUUUCAGCUGAUAAUGCUGAUGCUGGGGAUGAUGGUCCCGUGGACAAGGCGUUUAUGCGCAGUGUUCUGGCAUCGAUGGAAUCUCAUUUUGAGCGUAUUGGCAAGCAACUGCUGGUCGCCAAAACGCAGAAUCAGUCGGAAGCUGCGCAGCCGGAACAGCCGGCGGACGUGGGGUCUGUGCCGGAAGAGUCCGAGCCGAGGGAGAGCAGAAGCCCGGCAUUGGCUGCUCGCCAGCGGAUAGUGGGGGCGCCUGUGUUCGAGACGCCGACAAGGAGAGGCCGGCUGGCGCAGGGGGUGCAUUGGCCCAGUAGCCAGGAGGAGCCUGAACUGAGAGAACGCCUGGCGUCGCCGCCGGCGCCGAGGGCUGUGUCGCCGCUGCGGGAGCGCUUCUCGAUGGGGGGACGCCGUGGCUAUCGCCAGCAGAUGUCGCCGUUGGCUGGGCGGGGCCGCCCCCAGCACCAACAGCAGCAAGCGAUGAGUGCGUUUGGAAGUCAUUUUGCCAAUACUGACCAUGCUGCUGAUGUUGAUGCAGCCAUGGAUGCUAUGGCCGACGAGUAUGACAAUGAGGAUGACGGCGAGCUAUCGGACACGAUGACGACGGUGCAGGACGACGCGCCUAUGCCGGUGCCCGGUUCUGUCGGCCCUGCCUUAGUUCAUGCGGCCAGCACGCCCGGCCACCGCAGCCAGCUGCCGCCGCUGUCCAUGACUGCGCAGAAACGCAGCGAGCGGAUUUCUGGCGAAUCCAUAACUUCGCAUCUAGGCAACAGCGACCAACUAGGGAGACGCCAGACCUUAGAUUCUCUUCGUCGACAACACCAGCAUGAGCAUGAGCAUGAGCAUGAGCAGCAGCAGCAGCAGCAGCAAAAGCAGCUGCAGCAGCAGC